AUGGACUUUCUACAGGGCAACGGAGAGGUCCGUAUUCUGAGCCUUUUGAUUGCACCCUUAUCUUAUUGGUCAUUUUCGCAUACUUUCCUCGCAAUCUGCUGUACUCUCGGCAUACUCUUUGGUGCCAAACUUGUAUACAAUGUCUACUUGCACCCGCUUCGUUCUUAUCCCGGGCCAAUCCUUGCUCGAGCAACAAGGCUCUACAUAGUGUUUCUCGAAUUCCAGGGAUGCCUCCAUCUCCGAACCAAGGAAUGGCACGACCAGUACGGCGAGGUGGUCCGCAUCGCGCCCGGCAGUUUGUCAUACAAUUCCAGUCAGGCCUGGAACGAGAUUUGCGGCCACCGAACUCGCGAUACCAAAGCCGUCUUUGAGAAGGAUCAAGACUUUUUUAUCCGUCCGCCGAACGGGCAAUGGAGUAUCGUAGCAGCUAAUGGCGACUACCACCGACGUCUUCGACGUCUCUUAUCGCAUGCAUUUUCCGAAAAGGCUCUUCGCGCCCAAGAGCCAGCCCUUCAACACUAUGUCGACCUUCUCAUCCGUCAACUCCGUCAUCGCGCUGAUCAGGCGGGAGGUGGUGUGGUGGACAUGGUACAAUGGUUCAAUUUCACGACCUUCGACAUCAUCGGCGACCUAGCCUUCGGGGACACGUUCGGUCUACUGGACAAGGGCGUUUGGUCUCGCUACCUCGCCGCUAUCACCGGACUGCUGGAAGUAAACGUCUACUUCCGCGCUGCCAAGUAUCUGUUGCCGUCUCUAUGGAGCCUUUGGGCCGCUUCACUCUGGGCCCCGAGGCACCUUCAGCAAGAUCGUGUAUACAUAUAUCAAUUGGCAAAGGACAAGCUGUCUCGUCGAAUUGAACACAAGACCGAACGGCAGGACUUUGUCCACUACAUGCUCAAGGGCUCUCGCUCGGCCAUAGGCCCCGAUGGCCUGAGCUUUGAAGAAAUGGUCACGCAGAGCCAAACCCUUAUUCUCGCGGGCAGUGAAACCACUGCCACUGUUCUCUCGGGCAUGAUGUAUUGUCUCCUCACCACCCCACGCGCAUUGUCGCGGGUGACGCAGGAGAUUCGUACGGCUUUCUCCGACGAGCGGGACAUCACCGUUCACCGCGCUGCCCGGCUCCCAUAUCUCCACGCUGUGCUCGAGGAAUCGCUUCGCAUGUAUCCUCCCGUGCCCGGCAUACUGCCCCGAGUCAGUACGGCCCCGGGGCAACUCGUCUGCGGUCAAUUCGUCCCCGCGGGGACGUCCGUCGGUCUCCAUCACUGGGCAUGCUACCGAUCAGCGUGCAAUUUCAGCGACCCGGACACAUUCUGGCCGGAGCGAUGGAUGGACGGCGAGGAUGGUGCACGGUUUGCCAAAGAUGAUCGAGGGGCGUUUCAUCCAUUCUCUUACGGGCCCAGGAACUGUCUGGGAAGGAAUCUCGCAUAUGCGGAGCUGCAGUUGAUCGUGAGUAAGCUGUUCUGGAACUUCGAUGCGGAGUUGAUGUCGGCAGGGGAAGGGUGGGCCAAUCAACGGACUACAUCGCUUUGGAUAAAGAAGGCGUUGCCCGUGCGGUUAAUUCCGCGGCAAUACGAGGAGGUCGAGCGGGUAUGA